AAAUGCACACACGGCGGAGGAAGCAUCCGCCCGCCCGCAGUUAACAGUCUGCAAAAGGUAGCGCGCGUGGGGGCUGCAUGCGACCAGCGGCGUCGUGGGGUCGAGAGGGAAAAAACGCGCGAUGUAUCGGCCAGCUCUGACCAGGCUGCUGCUCUUGCAUCUGCUCCUGAUCAAGCUCCACAGCGCCAGAGGCUCCGGGAAGGAGUGCGAAGAGAACCAGUUUCAGUGCCGGAACGAGCGGUGCAUCCCUUCCAUUUGGAAAUGUGACGAGGACGACGAUUGCUUGGAUAACAGUGACGAAGCAGACUGCCCCAAGAAGACUUGUGCAGAGUCUGAUUUUACCUGCAACAAUGGCCACUGCAUCCCAUCCAGAUGGAAGUGCGAUGGGGAAGAGGAAUGUUCAGAUGGAUCAGAUGAAUCUGAAUCAAUGUGCACAAAACAAGUAUGUCUAGCUGAAAAAAUUAGUUGUGGAGACUCCAGCAAUAAAUGCAUUCCUGCAUCUUGGAAAUGUGAUGGAGAAAAAGACUGUGAAAGUGGAAUUGAUGAAGCUGGUUGCACUAACAUUUGUUCUUCAAGUGAAUUCCAGUGCAGCAACAAGACCUGCAUAGCCACAAUCUUCGUCUGUGAUGGUGACGAUGAUUGUGGGGAUGGCAGUGACGAGAGGAAGUGCCCUCCCUUCACUUGCAACCCGAAUGAGUUCCAGUGCAACAAUAGCCUGUGCAUCCCACAGAUUUGGGUCUGUGACAAACAGCCUGAUUGUGAGGACCUCUCCGAUGAGUCCAUGGAGAGGUGUGGGUACAAACUCAAACCCCAAAUCGUGAACACCUGUGCAGCACAUGAGUUCCAGUGUGGCAAUGGGGAAUGUAUCCAUUUGAAUUGGAAAUGUGAUGGAGAUGAGGACUGCAAAGACAAGUCAGAUGAACAAGAUUGUUCCUUGGUGACCUGCAGCCCUGAUGAAUUCCAGUGUGGUGAUGGGACCUGCAUCCAUGGAGCUAAACAGUGCAACAAAGUGCACGAUUGCCCUGACAACAGUGAUGAAGCUGGCUGCGUUAAUGAGGCGGCGUGCGAGAGUCCCACCAAAUUUCAGUGUAAAAGUGGAGAAUGCAUAGAGGAAGUCAAGGUGUGCGAUUCACAAAGGGACUGCAGGGACUGGUCCGAUGAGCCUCUAAAAGUUUGUGAUGUGAAUGAAUGUGCCCUGAACAAUGGUGGUUGCUCCCACAUUUGCAAGGACUUGAAGAUUGGCUAUGAAUGUGAAUGUCCUCCUGGAUACAAGCUUAUGGACAAGAAAACGUGUGGAGAUAUAGAUGAAUGUGAGAAUCCAGAUGCGUGUAGCCAGAUCUGCAUUAACUACAAGGGGGACUAUAAAUGUGAAUGUUAUGAUGGUUAUGAGAUGGACACCCUGUCUAAAAACUGCAAAGCCAUAGGAAAGAGCCCAUAUCUUGUUUUCACAAACCGCCACGAAGUACGCAAGAUUGACCUGGUGAAAAAGGAUUACUCUCGCAUCAUCCCCAUGCUGAAGAAUGUGGUUGCUUUGGAUGUGGAAGUGGCAACCAACAGGAUAUACUGGUGUGAUUUAUUCUACAGGAAGAUAUACAGUGCCUACAUAGAUAAGGCCAGUGACACAGCUGAGCAGAUGGUUCUGAUAGACAGCCAGUUACACUCCCCAGAAGGUCUGGCAAUGGAUUGGGUCCACAAGAACAUUUAUUGGACAGAUUCAGGCAACAAGACCAUUUCUGUAGCCACAGCUGACGGGCAUAAGAAGAGGACACUUUUCAGUACUAACUUAAGUGAACCCAGAGCUAUUGCAGUGGAUCCCAUUCGGGGAUACAUGUAUUGGUCUGACUGGGGAGACAUAGCAAAAAUUGAGAAAUCUGGCUUGAAUGGUAUGGAUCGUCAAGUGCUCGUGACAGACAACAUUGAAUGGCCCAAUGGAAUCACACUGGAUUUGCUGAAUCAACGUCUCUACUGGGUUGAUUCCAAGUUGCACUUGCUUUCAAGUGUAGAUUUCAAUGGGAGCAACCGGAAAGUUCUCAUCUCUUCUGUGGACAACCUGAGCCACCCAUUUGGACUGGCUGUGUUUGAGGACAGAGUAUUCUGGACGGACUUAGAGAAUGAGGCAAUCUUCAGUGCUAAUAGGCUAAAUGGUCUCGACAUUUCUAUUUUGGCAGAGAACCUCAAUAAUCCUCAUGACAUUGUAGUUUUUCAUGAACUAAAGCAACCUAAAGCUCCAGAUGUUUGUGAACUUCAUUCUCUGCCAAAUGGAGGGUGUGAAUACCUGUGUCUCCCAGCACCACAAAACUCUCCACACUCGCCCAAAUACACAUGUGCUUGUCCAGACAAUAUGUGGUUAGGCCCUGACAUGAAAAAGUGUUAUAAAGAGCUUCCAGCUACUUCAACUGAAUUGCCUACUACUGCUGCUACUCCUACAACAUCAAGAAGUUACCUUCUGAACUUUACGGCUAUUACUACUGACAGUAUGACUACCACAACUGACAACGUUAGUACGGAAGGAUCAGAAACUACAGCACAAGUCUUUCUCAGCAUGACAAGCCUUCAUUCAAUCACAGUGACGUCCAGCCCAGCUGACAGUAACAUGGCAACAGGAAAUAGCAAUCUCUUCCAGCACUAUGCUAACAAUGGGCAGGUUUUUGGCUCAACUGUGAUGGCAGCCGUUAUCGGAAUUGUUGUUCCUAUUGUGGUGAUCGGCUUGCUAUGCACAGGUGGGUAUCUCAUCUGGCGAAACUGGAAGAGGAAAAAUACAAAAAGCAUGAAUUUUGAUAAUCCUGUGUACAGGAAGACAACAGAAGAAGAGGAUGAAGAUGAAAUCCAUAUUGGUCGAACAGUACAGAUUGGUCACGUGUACCCAGCACGUGUGGCAUUAAGUCUAGAAGAUGAUGGGCUACCAUGAAGAAUAAACCUACUCCAUUUCCAUGGUUAAUGGAUCAAAAGAAAUGCACUGAACCUGUCUACUGUGGUUAAUGGAAUCCACCUUCUUCUCUUUCCUUCUCCUCUCCUUUAUAUUUAUGUUGCAAAAGGGUAACCACAAAGUUGUAAUGAACUGCAAACAUCCAAAGGAUGUGAGAGUUUUGUAUGUAUAAUCUUUUAUACACCCUUUUAACUUCUUGCACUAUCCAUCUGUAAUAGUGAGGAGCCUACUCUACUACUGAAUGCUGCCAGCCCAACCCAAGGAUCAGCAGCUUACACAUCAUUUCUAAAAAUUAUAUUUAUAGAUGUUUUGUAAAUAUGUCAAGCAUACUUUGUGGCUGUCUUAUCAAUAUACAGACAGAA